AUGCGGUUGGCUCCUCAUUUGCCCGUGCUGGCCUGUCUCCUCUCUACUUUGCUGGUGUUUGCGGCCGGAAUCCCUAGCUUUGGGCGCGAGGGCCAUGGAGGAAUUGUGAAUAUAGUGGUACGGGAGACGUCUCCUGAGACGGCGACAGCGACAACAGGUACUACAACAGAGGCGGACACAACAGCGAGCGGCACAACGAGCGCAACGAGCCAUACGACUGGGACAUCGAAUUCGACAUCAACGACAAAUACGAGUACCCUGACCUCCACAGCUGUGCCAACACUAAAUGUAUCGGCACCUUCGCGAAAUGAAACGAACUCCACGGCACCAGGCGCUCUGCCGCUCCAGCCUGCUGUCACUCCCGCGUUGGGAGUCGGUGGCUUCAUCCUGAUCGCUGCCGGUGCCGUUCUCGCGUUAAUCGGCAUUCGCAACUUAUGGGUACAGGUGUUUCUGUCGACAGCUUUCUUGACCAGUCUUGGAGUAACGGUUAGUCAUGCUAUCAAUCACACAGUCAAUAGCGUUGCUCAUUGUCUAUCGCAGGUCUUGAUUGUCUACGUUAUGAACCCGCCGGUGCGCGUUGCAGUCCAGGGCGCAUAUUUGGUUGCGAUUUUCUUCACGGGAAUAACCUUUGGGGCGCUCUCGAUCGUAUUCAAGGAAUUAACGGAAGGGCUUGGAUGUCUUCUGGGCGGUUUCUGCCUCAGCAUGUGGCUUCUCUCCCUAAAGCCUGGGGGUCUUCUCACAGACGAUGGCUCUAAGAGCGGUUUCAUAGGCGCCAUCUCUGUCGGAAUAUACGCCCUCUCUUUUACGCACCAUACCCGUCCUUACGCGUUGAUUGGGUCAACGGCUGCAGCCGGUGGUACGGCAGUGGCAUUAGGGAUUGACUGCUUCAGUCGGGCCGGGUUGAAGGAAUUCUGGCUUUACAUCUGGGGUAAGACACGGCUUUCCCGCUUACACCAGUGUGCCCCUGCUGAUCAGAACACAGCGCUUAACGAAGAUAUCUUCCCGCUGAAUACGAACACUUACCCAGUGACUCGCAACAUCCGUGUGGAGCUCGCUGCGACAGUCAUCGUCGCUAUCCUUGGCGUGAUCUCGCAAUUGCGACUGUGGAACGUCGUCCGCGAACGCCGACGAAAGGAGGAAGAACUCCGCGCCGAGGAACAGAGGAAAAAGGAGGAAGCCGAGGCGGAAAUCGGACGACAACUCGAGGAGAAUAACCUGAAAGAGCGUCUGGCGUGGGAGGCCCGUUACAACAGCACUGAACCAGAUAUCCCGGAGCUCGGAUCCAAUUCGAAGACAUGUCUCACAGAUGAGAAAGCAGAAUUGCGGAAGGCGAAAGAAAUUGACUGUAUGACCGUCUCAUCCGACCAGUCGAGCACAUCGGAGGCGUCCUAUCGAUGCUCCGAUUGCAGGGAGAGAGAGGCAAAUGGUGAAUCUGCGUAUGCUCCCUCCGUGAUCAGUGAGUCUACCGGCGCCUCUCAAACGGGAAUGGAAGAUGAUGAUCCAGAUGCGGUCGACCGGAGAGGGUCGCAGAAAUCUCCCACUCCCCUUAAAGUUUUUGAUGGUGCUGCCGCGGCAAGAAUGAAAGAUGACAAUGGAUCAGAGGUGACGGCCAUCAUUGGGUCAGAAACAGGCACAAUCCGGUCGAAGCGGUUUUCUGGAAGGUCUAUCCUUGACAGGAUGUCAGUGAGAAGCAGCCUCCGACAGAUGUCAGAGUCACAAGAAGCGCUUGUUUCCUGCGCGGACGGUGCCUCCUUGCAGGAUGAUGUGGAUGAUGACCUCGAUGGUCGCAGUGAAGAGUCUGAAGACCGAGAAUCUGCAAGAAAAAGUGUACACGAUGGCGGUGCACACAGCGACAGCGACACGGAAGGAACUUCCCAGCCGAUGGAGAAACGGCUCUCUUGUCCAGAGACCGCAUCCGACGUCAAAGACAUCGCCGCAAAGACCACGGAUGAGCAGAGUGUUUAUUCCCGGGAAGUGGAAGAAGCUAAAGACGGAAGACGAAACAAUUCUACAGUGCAAGAAGCGAACGACCAACGAUGUCCAUCGGAGUCUCCGAAGGAAAUAGUAGCUGAGCAAAAGGAUGAGCAGGUCCCCGAACAACCGCCGCCCCAGAAAUCUGCGGCAGAAUUCAAUCCGAUCGAGGCCAAAGACGAGAAGAGAAAAUCGGACCAUAUCGGUGUCACCGAAGCAAACGACUCGUCUUCUUCUGCUCCAGAAGGCUCAAGUCGCAGUCUGUCUCCAACCGAUCAGUCAAAGAGAUCUUCCGACAGCAAAGGAAGCACGCAGAAGGAGGAAGGAUCAUCGUCUAACAAACGAAGAAGCGAAUCAACAUCGACAGCCAAGGCCAAGGCCAAAAAGGAGCCGGCCAAAUUGAACGCCAACACCGUCAAGCAACUCCCCCAGAGAGACUCGAUAGUGGUCCAGUCAUACAGAACAAAUGAAUGGGCCAAGCAUCUAGCCGAUGCGGAAAUCUUGGAGCCGGAACCUAUCGAACCGAUAGAGGAGGAAGAACCAGAAAUCCCUGUGGGCAAGGAAGAAGCUCCGGCACCUGUCAAUGUGGAGGAGCUCCUGCAAACGCCCCUAACCGCGCAGCCGCCUCCCGCUGCAGAACUUCACGCGUCUCUCGGAAGAACACCGUCGAUAAACGAGCACUAUCGGACGUCUGGGGAGUCUCAAUCGCGCCGGGAUUCUCAGUCAACAAAACGAGGAUCUCGCUCUAAGCGCGUCUCCGGUCUGUCCUCGGUUCCAACCCCUGAUGCUUUGCAACCCUUAACUCCCGACGCCCAGCCACAACCCGUUCCGGCCACAAAGAGCGGCGCAUAUCAUGCCCCUACUCCCCUAUCGCCCAUCGCCGAUGCAGUUGAACAGCCUCGCGAAGAGGUGGAGCCCAAGCCUCAAUGGGUAGGGCCACCGCCACUGAUCGCCGUGCGAGAGGGGAUGGUGCAGAACAAGUUGACAUCGUUCUCUCUGGGGACAGAUCCUUGGUCCUCCCGACUGAGUCCCGGCCUCCCAUCAAUGACCCGUUCGUCAUCGGCAUUGUCCACCAACCCUGUGCCCGAGGAUGAGGACAACAUGCCGCUGUCUCGACGUCGGACAAUGCUUCAUCAGCAAACGCAGCGGACUUUGCAGACAAAAGCAUCUCCUCUGUUAGCCACGGGAUGGAGCCAAAGCAAUCCUACUCCGAUUGCUGGUCCCACUGCGGCGGUGUUGUCGCGGCGGACAUCAACACAUGACGGCGGCUACCACAAUCGGAAUUCAUUGUCGCGAAACAAUUCGGGCGCAAAGAUCGGCGCCAGUCCGUAUGUCCUCGGACAGCAGCAGCGCAGCAGUUCCUCGAUAAAUAUCGAUCAGGCCAUCGCCCAAGGGAUGCAGCGCGGUGACAUGAGUAAUCUACAUCGGGAUGCCAUGCGACGAAUGCAAGCAAAGGCCAACCAAAAGGUGAACGGGCGGUGA